GGGGCCCACGAGGCUCCGGGACCUGUGAGGCUGCUGGGACCCCUGGCGCGCCGAGUUCGGUAUAAAUCAGGAGGAAUUGAGAAUCUGAUGGCAUGGCUUUAAUUACCUUGCGGAGGAACCUCUGUCAUUUAUCUGAUUUUCGGAUACAUGGAGCUCUGGCUGCUCUGAGAAAUCAACGUGUGAAUCAUGUUCACAAGAUAGUCCAGGAGCAUCUAUGUCCAUGGUUCUGUUCACUGCCACCUGGGCCUGUCAGGGUCAGGUUCUGUCACGCCCCUUGUCAAAAGUACCACUCGGAAAAUGGAAAUGACCUUCCUCCAGUUGGUGAGCCAGCAUUCUCUCAAGUACAUGACUGGGACAGGUUUGAACAAAAUCUUAAAAAUGAGGAUGAACAGAUAUCUUACAGGAGACUAAACAACUUCACCUCAUCCGAAGAAGUGUUAAGUUUCCUAAGCACACUGCAGACUCUGCCCGACGCUGUGGCAGCAGGAGCCCUCAAACGGAUUUGCGAAGUGGAAAAAAAGGGAGAUGCCCAGAGGCUGCCGAAAGAGAUACUGGAGAACAGCAUCUUUCAAGCUGUAUGUGAUCAGCUGGAACAGGACCCCUCAAAUCUGUCAAAUGCCACUUUGGCGACUGCUUUGCAAGCCCUGACUCUGUCGUACGUGGACCCCCGAAGCAGCCUGCUGCCGAAACUGGUAGCCGAGUGCCAGCAUCGUCUCGGAAGCGUUGGCCUGGACGUCCACAGUCUUUGUAUUCUGGGGGAAAGUCUGAUUAAACUGCGGGGUCCAGAUUGUUCAGCCGUAGAACGGAUUAUAUGUCUACUGCAGGGUGAAAAUUUGGAAGCCUUUACCCCUGAAGAUGUUGUGACCUUCUAUAGAAUACUGCAGAUGUGUCCCAACUCAGUGCACGAACACCAGGCGUUUUUAAAUAAGAUGAAUACCUUUUCUCUGUCGGUCGUUUCCAGCCUGAGUCCUAACUUGAUGAGCCAGAUGCUCACUGCCCUGGUGGUUCUUGAUCAAACUCAGGCGCUUCCUCUGGUUAUAAAAUUGGGUAAACAUGCAGUAAGGCACAUCCCACACUUCACCAACCAAGAGCUGGGAAAAGUCUUAGAGGCUUUCAUCUACUUUGGGCACAAUGACAGGUUUUUUACAAGAGCCCUGGAGCAGCACGUCGCCCCACUGUGUCUCACCCUGGAUCCCGAGGUCCUCAGCACGGUCAUGGGGUACUGCGGCAGCAAACGGAUUCUUUCCAAACCCAUCCUGAAUGCGGUGGCAGAAGCUUUUGUUUGCCAACCUGAGAAAUUCUCACUCAGCCAAAUUUCUGAGUUAAUUGAACCAUUUGGAAAACUCAAUUAUUUGCCACCAAAUGCCUCUGCUUUGUUUACGAAGCUAGAAAAUAUACUGUUAACUCAUUUCAGUUCUUUUCCACCCAAAACACUAUUGAAACUUCUCCAUUCGUGUUCACUUAUUGAAUGCCAUCCAGUCAACUUUAUGGCAAAAAUAUUCAGCCCACAUUUUCUUCAGCGGCUGCAAGGUGACGAACCCUAUCUGGACAGACUGAGCCUAGCACAGCUGACCCAGCUUUUCUUAACCUCAGUUCUAGAGUGCCCCUUCUAUAAGGGUCCAAAACUUCUUUUUAAAUACCAAGUGAAAUCAUUCCUCACUCCGUGCUCCUCCCUGGAGACCCCUGUGGAUUUUCAGCUUUAUAAAUCUGUGAUGAUUGGACUGAUUGACCUUUUAGGAGCAAGACUGUAUUUUGCCUCAAAGGUGUUAACACCCUAUCGUUACACGAUAGAUGUUGAAAUUAAAUUAGAUGGAGAUGGAUUUGUAGUGCCAUUUACAGUCGAUGAAGACGUGCAUAAAAGGGUAGCACUGUGCAUUGAUGGUCCAAAAAGAUUUUGUUUGAAUAGCAAACACUUACUGGGGAAGGAAGCUACCAAACAGAGACACCUGCGCCUGCUUGGUUACCAGGUCAUUCAGAUUCCCUAUUAUGAGAUUGAGAUGCUAAAAUCAAGACUUGAAUUAGUGGAAUACUUACAAAGAAAACUAUUUUCUCAAAACUCUGGCAGACAUUGGUAUCAAGAAUGACUGCUGGCUUCAGAACUCAAAAUAGUGACAGAACUUGCAAAUUAGCCAUUUGUUUACAGACUGGUGAUCUGGGAAGGGUCUCUAAUUUCCUCGCACCGUGUAUGCACUUAUCAGUGGCAAAUUUGAAGUUAAUUUUAAUAUUUAUUUAAUACUAGUGUCAUAGAUACUUUUACACAUCGAACAGAAUCAAUCCAGUACAAUAAAGAACGUAACAUGUAAGUGUUAUUUUUAAGUCUUGUGUUUUGUGACAGGUAGCUGCUAACUGAAAAUAUACUCUUGAGAGACCUUUGUUUCCUAUUCUAACAAAUGUAAGAAAAAUUUUAUCUCCCAUGUUUUUCUUUUAUAUUUUGUUAGAGGAGGUAAUAGAUGGUCAGGAAAAGGAGCAAUGAAAAAUAGACUGGUACGUUGGAUGUAAACAUAUAUAAUUGUAGACUUAUACAGAAAUAACCCUUUAGUUAAUAAGAAAACAUUUUGUAUUGAUAUGGGAGCUUUUUAUGUUUUGUUUUGUUUUUUUUAGAUGUAUCAAGAUGUGAAAAAGCAGGGUUUGGGGGAAAGGUUUGAUUGGAGGGAGAAACUUCUAAAUUUUACAUUUAGAAUUAAUUAAAUUCUUUGGUUCAUUGCAGAUGCUUCAUUGUCCCGUUACGUUAACAUUUCAGGGGAUAAAAAGGGUUCUUUACCCAACUGUAGUGUGUGUGCUGGCCGAGGGAGUGGGGUGUGGGGGCUCUGACACCAGCUGGGCAUCCCACAGUUGAACUCAAUUCUGGCACCACCUGGAGACAGCAUCGGGCCCCACAGGCUGAGGGCUCAGUGCCACAAGACUGUCCUCGCCAUCACCCUUUCAGAUGCCAAUCACAAGUCCAGCUUGUCCCAUGACCCGUGGUUCUGACCAACUGGCUAUAGAUUGGAGGUUCCAAUGACCCCCUCCUUGGGUUCCAUUAAUUUGCUAUAAUGGAUUGAAAUGAGAAAUUAGUUAAUAAACACAGAACGCUUGGGUAACCGCCCCCUCAGAGCAGCACACAGCCCAUGUUAGCUUCUUUUAGCUGGUCUGGAUUUCACCCCGUCGUGCUAUGUAGUUCACGUUAUCUUUUGGGGUCUGUUUCCAGAGUAGAAAUGGAGACCAGAUGAGCGCUAAGAUCAUUCUGUAAAGUUUAUGCUCUAAUUACAGAGGAGAGAGAGCCUAUGAGAGCAAAUGGAAAUUAAUGAGAGGAGAGGUGCCGAGUCCAGCGCGCCAUCCAUCUCUCUCUCAUGGCUCAGCUCGCCACUGGGUGUGAAACGCCCCUUAAAUGUGCUGGGGAGGCAACGAGCUCACAGCUUAAAGAGAAGAGAGUCUUAACUAAACGGCCACACAGAGAGGUGAUGGCAGUCUGUUAUAAAUGCUAUGAAAAGACGGCACAGCCUAAAACCUUCCCCCAGCUUUUCCAUUGAUCUAAAUCCUUCUCACCCAUCAGGACCUUUUUUUUCCUGGUUGCUCUCAUCGGAAUCAGAUACUCCUCCCUCUGCACUUUUAGUUACAUCCUCUGCUGAGAUUUUGUUUCAUUUAGCUCUUCCUUCCUUCCCUCCUUCCCUUCUUCCUUCCUUCACCAAACAUUUAUUAGCGAGCUCUGAUAAUGCUGCCAACCCAUUGAAUGUUAAGAGCGCCCGAAGGAAGCCGAAAGGAGCCCCCACCUUGAGGAGCGAGGAGGGGGCAAGACAAUACAUGCGCAGGUGGUAGCAGCAGUGAGCCAGCUGGCACUCCCCAAGCGGGAGCAAGACUCUGGGAUGCACUGGACUUCAGGCCUGCCUGGGGUGUGAGAGGAGGCUUCUUGCAGUGAUUUGUGAGCUGAAUUUCAGAGGAAGGCAGGUCACUGGUGGGAAAGCAUUUCAGGCAUCACUGUGGCCAGGGCACCCAGCACAAAGCAGACAAGGUCGUCACAGGAAAUGAGGCUAGAACUAACUGGCACUGUGUAUUAAAGCAAAUUUCAAUCCUGAAAAUAUGCAGUUAUAUAUUAUGAAAACAACUUUAGGCUAAUCAACAGAUAAAAGGCUUCUCAUUUCACCAACUGGAGUAAAUUUGACAAGUUCUGGAAAAUUAUAAAGCCAUGUGUCCUUGUAAACGGAAUCCUCCUGCCACUAAAUUUUAAUGUCUAUCUAUGCAAGCAAAAAUGAUGUGAAUUUUCUUACUGAAAUUACAUAUUCAGUUAUGAUAGCCCUUGGUAUCCUAUAUUGAUAAUGUUUUUAAAUAAGGUAUAAUCUUGAUGUCAUUUUUCUUAAGUAAAAGCAGAGAAGAAAAAAAAAAAGUAAAGUAAAGGGAAAUAACAGAUGAAAAAAGUUGUUUUCCUUGCGAGCAGCAGUGAUGGUCUUCAGACCAGCCAGGAGGGGGCAGCAGAGGUUAGGACAUUUAUUGGGCUGCAGACGUUGAACUGGAAUGAUCCCUGGUCCCUGAGGGAGAGAGUGGAUCCUGUGUGUGUGUUUGUGUUAGCAGGGACAGCAGGGCAGGAGCUGUGGAAGGGUGCAGUGGCAGAACUGCCUGAGCGAAACAGGCAAUUUUCCUUACCUUGAUCUAAAGAAGGAAUGCACUUCCCUUUGGCUGAACCAGGCAGGAGAGGGGAGGUGGUACCUUGGUAUGAAGAGAUCCCAGCUGGUUCUUAGAAGACUGGGGUCCUGCCUGUCAACCUCCAUACACCUGGGUGCAUACAGAGACUUGGUAAAUAUUUGUUAGAUGGAAAGAAGAAUAGGAAGGAGCAGAAUUGAGCAUAUUUGAUAGAAUUCUGGGAAAACAAAAAACAAGGUCAGUUUCCUCUAAAAAAGCUACCCACUGGAAGACUUUGUGUACAAAUUCAGGGAGGGGAUCUUGGCUCCAUAGUGGUGAGUUAACCCCCAAAGGCUGACAUUUCCCCAAACUGGAAAAAUACCCAGACCCGUUGGGCGUCUAAACAUGUAUAGGAUCGCAAAUGAGAUUUGCCUCAUCAGCUGUUUGGCCAGUACCUGGAAAACAGUAAAUGCUCGAUGAGCCGUGCGGACUCUUGUUACAAGCACAGGAGUCACCUUACAGUCACAUUUAAACCCUGUUGCAGCUCCUGGUGAGGGAGCCCAUCAGGGCUGGUCUGGGAGGAGGGGCACCACCAACUCGCCAGUAAAGACUCCUGGGGCCAGCAUCAUCUUGAACCUGUGGCAGCUCCUUCUGCUAAGUAGCAUCAAGUACAUUGUGCUGAGAAAUCUCGUUCUAUAAACUCCCUGCUGUUUGAAAUCGUAUUUGGAAGAAUGGAACACGCCUCUGGUGCCUACAGCAUCUGAGCCUCGUGGGGCAUAUAGCUCAUAGAAGCAGCCUCGAUUCCCCAAAUGAUGCAGAGUUUCAGGUCAGGGAACUCGGGACACAACAUCUCACAUUUCCCUGCCUUGAGGAUCCCGGGUCGUCUUCUCAGGCCAGGUCUCAUGUUGACCCUCUUACACACAAGCAUACUCUCCAAGUCUCUCCAACCCAGCUUCAUUCACUUUCACCCAAAUCCUCUUCUCGCCCUUUCGAUCUCUCGGUGAGGUUCCUCCCGUGGGCUUGUCUCAGUAGUCAAUAUGCCUAACUUUCUGCUGAUGUUCUUUGGCCAUUGGCUCCAUCAUAAGAAAUUUUGCAUUAAAAUACUUGUAAUCUCAUCUCAGAAAAAAAACAAACACGCCCUCCCCAACUCCUCGCAUCUCCCCAGCACACUCUUGGUGUCCUGAACUGAUACUCUGGGUUCUAAUGUUUGAGAAAAACAGUAUCUCUUAAUAAUUCUACUGUAACUUUUAUAAUAGAAAACAUUGGACACACACAAGCGUAGAAAGAAUAGUAUAACGAAUUCACAUGAGCCCUUUUAUUCAACAUGGAAUAAAACCUACAAUUUUCUAAUCCUGUUUCAUCUACUUAUUCUCUUAUUCUUUUUCUUUAUUCUCCUUUUUUUAAUUGGACUGUUUCUAGAGAAAUCCAAGCCAUCAUAUUCUUUGGUCCAGUGUAAAGGAUUGGGGAGAAGAACUCCUAAAACUGUGAAAGAAGGAAAAUAAUUCUGCAAAAACUUAAGUAAGGAAAGAAGGAUGUAAAAGGAAAACCUGUAAAGGGAAAUAAGAAAUAAUUUUACAAAAGUACGAAUUGAAGUAACGACUGCUGAUGGAUUAAGAAAGCUAAAUCUCUAGGAACUUCAUGCCUACCACACUAAAAUUAUUC